GUCACACACCAGCUCUCUAUUAAGCGCUGAAAGUACUUUCCCUUGAAGCGCCCGCGCUCGACGGCCCUAGUAAAAGAUAAAUCCUCUACCUCUCUUAGCGGCAAAAGAUCGAACAACAGAGCUGCAAACACGCUACUAAAACCACAAAAGCCACAAUUCAUGGCUUCAUAUUCUUGAAAGCUGUAGAGAUCUAUAUUUGCUAGUUCAUUUUCCUCUAAUCGCAUACAAUGUUCGGUGCUCAAGCUUCUCCAGCCUUUGGCACGCCAUCCUCUAUGCCUGCCUUUGGCACUCCAUCCGCUACCCCGGCAUUUGGCACCCCAACCUCUACCCCAGCUUUUGGCACUCCAUCUUCUAUGCCUGCGUUUGGCACCCCAUCCUCCACCCCAGCCUUUGGCGCGCCCUCUUCGACUCCGGCAUUUGGUACUCCGUCUUCGACUCCGGCCUUUGGAACUCCAUCUACACCGUCUUUUGCCGCUGGCUUCGGUUCCUCCCUUUUCUCCACCCCAUUUUCGUCUCAAACGCAACAGCAACAGCAGACUCCGUUUUUUCUGCAGCCUUCUACUGGUUUAGGAUUUCAGACUCCAUAUGCUGCUUCUCAGGCGACGCCCUUCCCUAAUGCUCAACUGACUACUCAGAUGGCCCCUGUGGCUCCGCUUCCUUUUUCGCUCGCUGAUCGUGAUAUUCAGGCGAUUGUGGAUGCUUACAAGGAGGAGCCAGGGAACCCUAAGUAUGCGUUUAAGUAUUUGUUGUUUAGCGUAACUGAUCCACAGCAUAGGGUGAAGCCUGCUGGUGUAUCAGAUAUAAUGUGGGCAGAGGCUAUGGCAAAGCUAGAGGGUAUGGAGAGUUCAGAUCGAGAACGAUUAUGGCCCCAGCUUGUUCAAGGUUUCAAAGACCUGUCUCACCGGCUUAAGCUCCAAGAUGAAGUUAUUGUUUCAGAUGCUGAGCGAUUGAGAAUGACCCAAAGCAAUGUGAAGAUGCUUCAAAGGCAUUUUCAAGCUGAGACUCUUCCCUGGAUCCAAAGAAUGAGACAAAAAGAGCAGAGUCUUCAAAGACGUCUUUUAAGGAUAAUGAGAAUAAUGGAGGCCUUGGAAGGUAAGGGUCACCGAAUGCCCUUAAUGAAAGGAGAAGCUGAAUUGGCUGAGAAGUUGGCUGCGAUAACCAGACAGUUGAAAGGAUCUGGAGCUGAACUUUCUAGACGGGUUCAGAACCUACUCACCAUAUCACGCGUUCAAGCAAAUGCCAUUGGAGCUGGCGGUUCUAUUUAUCUUCCAGGAUCAACCAAAAUACAUGAUCAGAGUCUAGCUGACAUGCAGGAGGUUUUACAACAACAGACAGAAGCCAUUGCUAGGCUUGGCAAUGUAUUGAAGCGAGAUAUGAGAGACAUGGAAAUUAUAAUGGCAGAGGACACGGAGAUGGCAGAAGAUGUGAAUUAGCCAGAUGAGGCAUAAAGGAGCACUUUGCUACAUUUGUCUGGUUCUUUUUGACGCUUUGAAAUUUUGAGAUUGAUCUAAUUAUGCAAAUGAACUCGCUUGUUUCUUGCAUCGGGCGAAUAGCGGUUUUGUUGUUUGCACUGUUUUAUGGGAGCCCACCUUUAAAUGUAUAAAGAUCUGCAAUGGCUAGUGAGAUGAGCGUGACUUUUUUGAACUCAGACAUGGCUGCUAUGUUGGGAUAACUUUGACCGACAGGAAAUUACUGUAUGCCAGAAUAGUGCCUGUAUCCCCUGGUAAAUUGCAUUUCUCCUUCAGUGUCCUCUGAUCA